UCACCGAUCAUCAACUUCCUAAUCCGGUAACCGUACUAAUACCAACACAACACAACCACCACACCGAAAGUUCACUGCCGCCCACGAUCUCCCAUUCCAAAUAUUGUUGGACGGCAUCAUGUUCUAUAACGAGAAGUCGGGGGCAGUGCCCCCGGUCCCUCCGAACCUCAACCCCAACGUCUGGCACUCGGUUGAUCUCCAGGACCAGCCCCAAGGCGCAGCAACCCGCCAGCUUCAACCACACGCUCACACCGCACCAUCCGUCACGCCUUACCUAGGGCUCCGAGCACGAUUGUCACAGCUCUGGUUCAACCGCUGGACCAUUCUCCUGAUCCUCGUCCUCGUCCGCGUCAUCCUCCUGACAGGCAGUCUCAACGACAACCUCGGCGAUGCCAAGGCCAAGGCUCUGUCAGCAUGUACCAAAGUCGAAGACAUCGGCAGUGCCAUGGCCUCCAUGCCGCACUACCUGUCCGUCGGCGUCAACUCGCUCGCCUCCGACGGCAUCACCAAGGCGGUCUCGGGCAUGGUGAAGAUCCUGAUGAUGAUCCUGACCGGCGUCGAGAACCUCAUCUUCUUCGUCAUCAACAUGUAUGUGGGCACCUGGGCUUGCCUGGUCGCGGCCCUGAUCCACGGAGGCUUGGACAUCUCGGUCAAGGUGGUUGAGGGAGCUACCAAAGUCAUGAACGAGGCCAUUAGCACCAUCACCGGCCAGAUUUCAGAAACCGUCUCCGAUGUCCAGAAGGCCAUCAACGACAUCCCGGGCAAGGUAACGAGCUUCCUUGGCGUCCCUGGUCUCGAGCUCCCUCAGAUCGACAUCACGAAGAAUCUGGACGACCUCAAGAACAUCAAGGUCAACAGCAACGACCUCGUGAAGGACCUGGUGUCUUUGAACACGACAAUCCCGACCUUCGACCAGGUUGAAAACUUCACCAAGAACGCGAUCGGCAUCCCCUUCGAUUUCCUCAAACAGCAGGUCAACGAGAGCUUCGGUUCCUACAAGUUUGACGAGUCGGUGUUUCCCGUGGCCCAGAAGCAGGCGCUCUCCUUCUGCUCCGACAAUUCAUUCCUCAACGACUUCUUCAACACGCUCUUCGGCAUUGUCGCAAAGGCGAAGAUCGCGUUCGCCGUCGUCAUCCCGAUCCUGGCCGUCCUGGCCAUGCUGGGCAUGGGAUACUUGGAGAUACGGCGCUGGCGGAGGGAGAAGAGUCAAGCCGAGUUCUUCACCAAGCAAGGCUACGACCCCAUGGACGUGGUUUACAUGGCCUCGCGACCAUUCACAUCCCGGGUGGGAGUCAAGCUCGCAUCCAAGUUCAAGGGCAGGAACAUCCUCCUCGUUCGGUGGGCGAUCGCCUAUGGCACCUCGCUCCCUGCACUGUUUGUCCUGUCUCUUGCCAUCGCCGGCUUUUUCUCCUGCUUCUGCCAGUUCAUCAUCUUGAACUCCAUCGAAAAGGAGGCGCCCGCGCUAGCGAACCAGGUCGGCGACUUUGCGGGAGAUGUCGUCACCACGCUCAAGCAAGUCUCAACGGACUGGGCCGACGACGCCAACGGUGUGAUUCUCAAGCUCCAGGACGACAUCAACGGCGACGUAUUAGGCUGGGUGACCAACGCCACCAGCGCCGUCAACAACACGCUCGAAACGUUUGACGAGGAGAUCAACAAGGCCGUCACCACCGUGUUCAACAACACCAUCCUGCUCAACACGGCGCGCGACCUGAUCGGCUGCGUGAUCACGCGGAAGAUCGACGCGGUGCAGAAGGGCCUCACCUGGGUGCACGACAACGCGCACGUCACGCUGCCGCUCUUCUCCAACGACGUCUUCUCGCGGGGUGCCAACGAUAGCGUCAACGGCGACAGCGACCUGACCAGCUUCCUGGCCUCGCCCUCCAGCGUCACUACCGACGAGAUCACCUCGGCCGUCGACCAGGUCAUCACCAAGCUGCGCAACGGCAUCGUCCAGGAGGCGCUCAUCUCGACCGCGCUGCUCCUCGUGUACGUCAUCGUCAUCCUGAUCGGCGUCGUCCGCGCCCUUGCGACCGCGGCAACACCUGACAAGACACGGGCUGAAGGCGGCGAGCAAUACGGCGUCAAGGUCCCGCCGCCCUACAGCAGCAGCAGCAGCAGCAGCAGCAGCAGCAGUAACAACAACAACUCCAGCCUCGAGUACGACAACGAUGUCGUCUACGCCGGCAACGUCAAGAGGGGGAGACCGGGUCCCGCGAGAUGGCCGUCGCAUGCCAGGAAAAGCAGCCAUCCCGAGGUGGAAGAGGGCUCGGACCGCUAGGGACGGUCGGGGUGUCUUCCUCGGGAAGAAAGGCAACUAAAGCUUGCAGUGUCUGGGUGGAGUUGGAGCCUUUGGGCGUGGAUCCGUGAGGCCUGGAAGAAACUCGCGACACAGCUGGGGCGCGUAAGGGAGCUGCAACUUACCGUG